AUGCACAGGGCAGUGUCGGUGCUGGCUGCCAGAGAAUACUUUGAGCUGCGCAAGAAGUUUGAGGACGAGUCGGAACGGAACCGAGUACAUGAGAAGGAGGCUGCCAGGCUGAAAGGAGAGCGCAAUGCAGCCGUCCGCCAGAGUGCCUUCCUCGUGGGUCAAAUGGUGCCUGAGGUGAGGCUGCUGUCAGCACUGGACCAGGUCAAGGCACUCGAGCUCCAGGCAGCUGCAGCCAAGGCAGAGCACGAGGCUGAGGUUCGGGCCCUGCGUGAACAGCUGGACUUGCAAAGCGCCCCUGGGGAAACAGUGGAGGAACUGAAGCAGUGCCUGGGAGAGUCCGAGCAGAAGCUGUACGAAUCCCAAAAGAGGGUCCAGCAGCUUGAGGAGAGGGUGCGAGAGCUCAUCACAGAACUGGACCAGAAGGCCUCAGCACCCAGUGUUGUCAGCGUGCCACCGCCUCCUCCACCCCCGCCCCCACCACCACCUGUGCCAUUCAACCCACUCAGGUCCCUCAUGGCGCUCAUUGCCAGUGGUAGAAAGACAGCUGCACCAGCUACAGCCACUGCAAAAGCAAAGGAAGAUCAGCUGCAGGCGAAGCUGAUGGAGAGAUGAUUGAGCAGAUCAAGAAGGGCGUCCACUUGCGGCCCACGGCACGACCUGUCCAGGAAGAGGUUGGUUCCUUUUCAGUGUGGGUCAAACGUGCCACAUUUUAUGACCUCAACAUGCCACAUGUUGAAGCCCUUGUUCUAUGGAAUAACAUUGUUCAGAGGACAGUUAUUGGCAUGCACUGGGAAAAAGCUGCAGCUGCUGCUGCUGACCUCCAACAUUGGCAACACGUACGCACCAUGGUGGAUAGAGACCAAAAAGCCUUCAGUAGGAGGAGGAUAAAAAAAAGAAAAUUCAAAGAUUAUGUAAGAAAUAGAUGAAUAGAGGAGUCAGAAGCAUGUGUUUAGUUGAGCGUUCAGACCAUCAUAUGAUAAACAAAGUCAACUUGAAGGAAAAGAGACGAACUGAAAUUACUCAAAAGUGCAUCAGUUGGAAUUCGUACGGAAACUUCAACGAGACAAUA